ACUACUGCACACAACGCUGCGCGCAAAAUCACCGGAACGAGCGAGUGGGCGGGCGCGGUUCCCCGGCAUAAUACCAAGGAUUAAGAAUCCUGGACAGAAUUCGGAGGCAAUUUCGAUAAGGCGACGCUCGCGACAUUAACAUAGUGCACUCGCCUGUGAUAGCGACACUCUCCGCAACCCUAGACUGAACCCCAACGUUCCAUCAGAAGCUUGCAGAGCUGAAGGGCCGUCACUGCGAACCUCGCUCGCUCAGUCGUCAGCUCCAGGCGCAGCUCAGCGCGUUUACGACAGGAAAGGCCUGCUCGACACGGCGAGGGGCGAAAGCGAGCGGCCAUGGAGUCCUGCCUGCGACCACUGUCAGGGCGCACUGCUUCCACGAGCCGCGGGUGUUGUUCGUUCCGAGCACCAGCCUCUGUAGCACGGCCUGUGCGAGUCUGCGUCCUCAAGGAAGACUCAAACCAUGAGGGGCUGAACGCGCAGGCGUCUCUCAGCUUCCCCACAACCGAGAAGACCGGCCAGGACUGGCGCGCCUUCCGCGCACACCUCUGUGCCUGGGAGAGCACCGCGCGGCGGGCGCAGGCGGAGCGGCGGAGCCUGACCGCGGCCGCGCGCCCCACGCCACAGCUUCAGCGGCCACCUUAUCCGCCGCUCGUGUGCGGCGACAGCUGGGCGCACCCGCUGCCGGAGCCGGAGCAGGGCUGCCUGCUGCUGGCACGGCACGACCACAUGCAUUUCUUCACCGGCGCCGUGAUCCUCAUCACCAGCCACGAUGACGCGGUGGGCAGCGUGGGCUACGUGCUCAACAAGCCCAGCCCGCUGCGGGUGGAGGAGCUUCAGGUGCUGGGCGCCGCAAGCGGCUUCAAGGACGCGUUCGGCUCGCAGCGGCUGCACCUGGGAGGCCCCGUGCACCUGGACCACGUCACGCUGCUGCACCGCUUCGCCGGCGUGGGCCGCGCGCACAAGAUUGCGGAGGGCAUGUACAUGGGCGGCCUGCCUGACGCCAUCAGGCUGGUCAGCGCCGGCAUCGCGCGCCCCUCCGACUUCCAGCUGGUGCUGGGCAUGAGCGGCUGGGCGGCGGGGCAGCUGCGCGACGAGAUCGCGGCCGGCUACUGGCACGUGAUCAGCGCGAGCCCGGACCUGGUGCUGCCCACGCCCUCCGACCCGCCCGCCGCCUCGCCGUCCGGCUCGCCCACCUCCUCCAUGGACGCGCCGCCGCUGCAGCAGCCGCUGUCCGAGUCGGGCGAGGUGCUCACCACGCUGGCGGAGGUGGAGGGCGUGCCCGCCAAGGCGCCCGGCAGCAGCGGCCGCGCCGUGCACUCGCCCAUGUACCGCCGUAUCGCGCGCCUGGCCGUGCGCGGCGCAUGAUGUAUCGGUGCGGGGUUGGCAUGGGCGUGGGCGUGGCCGGCUUGGUUGCCAUGGCGGGCGGAGCUCAACACGUGGCUGUAGGUGGUGACGGUAACUAUACCGGCACUUCGCCAGUAUAUAAGCGGUUCCGCCUCAUUUGAUCGGCAUGUUUGUAGCUUUCUCUGUAGUUUCCAAAAUUUCCGUAAAGUACAAGGCUGGCCCGGCGCUCCAAAGUCUGGGGAGGCGUGCAUGCCAGCGAAUGGCGGGCGGGCUUGCCCCGCUGUCGCGGCCACCCUCCGCCGAUGUGAUGACAACGGCGCAAACCGGCUCGCUAGCGUGCAUGUAUGUAUGAUAAGGCUUUCAUGGGGUUUGUAAAUUUGCCUCGCCGCGUCGCGCGGUCGGCUAAGCGACAUGGUCUGAUUGGUUGCGGUGACAAAAGGUGCGGUGACAGGCACAUGUGGCGCCUAAUUUGAUGGCAGCAGAAGCAAGCUUGCUGCGGUGUAAGGACACAGUCGGCGGAAAUUAUGGGCGGGCGCCGUGGAGAGAACGAGAGGAGAGGAGGGGCGCCAGUGCGCGACGUGUCUUGUGGUGGCUGCCGUACAAGGAAGGUACAAAGCUGGCAGCGGCCACGAAUCUGUUGGGUCUGUGCCGAGUGCGCUAGUGUGGCGUGGUUUUCCCGUAUGUCCGUUUGUUGGAAUUGAGUCGGUAUAUAUACACACAAAAAGGCAAUCACUCGGGUAGUGGCACGUAUGUGGCCUGUGUGCGUGUGUGUGUGUGGCCUUAGUCUCAUGCCGCGAGGUGGAAGUUGCAGGUCCACGCAUGCAGACGCGGUACUAGAGAGCGAGAGCUUGGCUGUGGAGGGCGCACAAGGCAAAGGUGGAGAGGGCUAGCGGGCAGCUGAAAAGCGGAAAGGGGGGACACGUGGCGUGUCGUGACGUGGCACAAUCUGCGAGCUUUGCGUGUGGGAGUCCGAGACCUGACCGUACAAAGAGCGUGGAUUUAUUCAGGCGUGACGGCGAGGCACACGUGGAUGGCCCGCCUACAUGGCAUUUGAGUCUGUACACUGGUUCCAACACAACUUGACUCGAGAAGAGAAGAAAUCAUAUCGUUUCGGGAGCGUGUGUAGGCAGUGCGUAGUGGUGAGUUGGUGACAAUGUGCAGAGGUGUGGGGGCGUGGGCUUUGGCAUGCGUAGGGUAAGCGGAAGGGAUAGCAGCACAAGGGAUAGCACGAUGCGCAAUGGUGAUUUCCUUGCUUCGCUAGUAUUGCGACAAUAAGCUGCGAGGACCGGGUAUCCCGGCGCGUGUGUUGCAUGCAUAACCGUCGAGACUUGAAUCGGGGCAGACGCCCUCCCGGGUAGAGUAGAUUUGGGCAGCACAUUCCUAUUCGCGUUCCUCCGAUGGCUUGCCCCUGCAAGGCCGUUGACUGGCCACCUUAAUAUGAGGCCAGGGGGCAGGAUCUGAUGGAGGUGGCUUUGUUGGAGACACCUGUCGUAAUGCUGGGUGCUGGGUGUGCCCUCCAGAAGGAGACGAGGGAGAUGAGUUGGCGUUUCACGUUAAGUACGAGUUUGGAGAGUGCGCAGCCGCAUCAGAUUGACAGCGUGGCGCGCAGAUGUCGAACAGCAUUGAUUGCCCCAAUAACCGAUUGGUAUGGGCACAGACAUGUGGUAGAGCCGGGGCGGGAGCGAGGCGUGAACUGCGCCGGCCCCGCGUCGCUGGGUAUGAACCGUGUGUUGGGUUUCGUAAUUUACAUGACGCAUGCCUGCGGGUCGUCGCGGCCCAGCCCACCUAUUCUUGUAAUGACACUGGAUG